AUGUUUAUAUGUUUUUCAUAAUUUUGCUAUUUCAGGAAGUGUUGAUGACGACAAAAUUGUUGCUUUUAAAUGGACGCAGGAUAAGGGACCCAGUAUCCCACUAGGGGCCAUGAACACACCGAUUCUCACAUUGGACAACAUGGUUGCAGGGAGCUACGUGUUCAGUGUACAAGUAACUGACAGUGGCGGUCUCACAUCGUCGGCAUCGACUCGAGUCGAAAUUGAAGCGGAGCGUGAUGAUCCGCCAAAAGCCCACAUCAAUGAAUGCGGCAGUAAAGAACAUACUGGAUCGCUCACUGUGCGUCUUCCGCUGCCUGAACUCAAUCUGUGUGGCAACAGUUCAAUUGACGAUAAGGGCAUAGUCUCCUACAACUGGUUCCGAGUUGAUAAGUUAUCUGAAAAGCUCUCCGUUGACACGGCUGGCUCAACCACAAGCAUCCUCACAUUGAAAAAUAUCCAAGCGAAUGAGCGAUUGGGUCCAUACGAGUUCCAGCUGGAUGUAACGGAUACUAAAGGACAAAAGGACUCUACCCGAAUAAGUAUCUUUGUGAACAAAGCUGAAAACUUUCCUCCAGUCGCUGAUGCGGGUGGAAAUCACACAGUCAUUCUUCCUGAAAAUGCUAUUGUGCUUGAUGGAAAUGCCAAGGACGACGGAAGUAUUGUCAGCUAUAAUUGGACUCAAAUCGAGUACGCACUCAGUUCACUUUCUAUUUUGUUAAAUUUUCACACUCCGUAUUUCAGCGGCCCAUCUCGUGCAUCACUAGUGAAUGCUGAUAAAGCGAAAGCUACUGCAUCCCGUCUUCAAGAAGGAGUAUAUCGAUUCUUGUUGACAGUGGUUGAUGAUGGUGGGCUUAACGGUACCGCAUCCGCAUACAUUACUGUGGAACGAAGUAAGAAUGAGCCACCUGUUGCUCGUGCGCCUAACGUCACUGUUCAUCUUCCGACUUCGGUAGCAGUUUUGAAUGCAUCAUCUUCCUCUGAUGAUGCCGGUAUCGUAAGCUUCCAUUGGCAGCCGCUUGAUGAUGUACCAGCAUCUAUGAUUGCUCUCGAUGGGACGGAGAACACCCAGAUUAUGUUCAUAACUGGCCUCGUAAAGGGCACGCAUGUUUACAAUCUGACUGUUGCCGAUCAGCAGAAAGCAAGGAACUCCAUACUUGUCUAUCUGACAGUUAUCGAAGGCGAGGAAGAGCUGGAAUCUGUGGAAAUCCUGUUGAAAAAGAGCAUAGAAGAGUGGACAUAUCGCCUUCGGCGAAAACUCCGCGACAGAAUUGAAGCGAGUCUAGCAGGAUCAAUAGAGGUUCGAAAAUGUGGAAAUUAUUUCAUUUCGGUCCUCUUUUCCUCUUGUUUGCAGCAAGAUGUGGCGGCCCAUUUUUCACCUCGGGAGAUAUUUCUCUUCAAUCGAAUCGAAGAGUCUGAUGAAUUGGAGACGGGUAUUCGAGAGUUCAUGCGUGCUAUUUACUUCGUUUUGGAGAGCAAGCGUGUCGACCAAUCAUUCGAAAAACUGGAAUGUCCUCCGUGUCCUGCUCUACCAGAGGAAGAGAAGUUCAGAGUCGGAGUGGAAAAUAAAACGUCGAAGAUGUACAAACGGAAGUGCGUGGGCCGAUCUCGAAAGCAAAAUGCCGACUAUGCCAUGUUGACAGGACUUCCGCAGUUGGCGCUAGACUCUUACGCUGCUUCUAUGGAACUACUAAAAUCUUCCAAUGACAUGCUGUGGUAUGCAGGUCUGUUCAUCACCAAAUACGACUAUUUUGCAUCAACUUCUGUGAAGGAUGGUGCGUGUUGCUGCGAUGUCACUUUUAUAAUGAAUAGCCUGUCCUUCGAUGUUCAUUCUAUGGUAUCGUUAGGACACCAGCGCCAUCGUUCAGAUGAAAAUGCACGCGUACCUGUCACUGAUGACGGUAGCGAUGGAAGUGAAGGCCGUCGAUCUCGCAUGCCAUGGGCAGUACUUCGUGGCGAAAGAUCGAAGGAUAAAAUUGAACCCGCUGCUAUCCUUGAGAAAUUCGAGCAGGCGCUGGAAUACUACUCGAAGUUCUCGUUUGCUGCAGUGAUCGAGUACGACUGCAUGAUGAAAGCAGUGUCUCUUUAUCGAUACCAACGGUUGUACGUCGAAAUGGAAGUACGUCUAACAUACUUGCCAUCGAUCACAUUAGCGGUAAAUACUAGGGACGACAGUUUUACAAGGUUCGAUAACCAUACGAAGGCGGCUAUAUGCAGCAAUUCGGCGGCGCUGUAUAGAGAGAUAGGAUUUCGACGAAAGUGUUCUUUUUUUGCUCGGGGACGCGGCCCCAAAUUGCUGAUGGUGAACACAGGACCCCUCAAGACUACAGAGCUGUGUAUCCAAUCCUUUACAGGUUUGAUUUCAAUUUUAGCAGCUCCGGUGAAGCUCAAGCGAAAUCUUCAGUGCAAAAACCUUUCCGGAAUUUCCUCGCUUUUCAUGGUAUUCUUCAAAAUGCAGGCUUGGGCAAGAAAUGUAGUUUUAGGUGAUCCUAUACUUUGUCCACUUCCACCUCAUUUGGCUCCUACAGUUAUCCCAGCCAAAGCUGGACAACCGCAGCUGUUCAUCUACUCGCCAUUUCAGCAGAAGAAGGCAUCGAAUGAGAUAUAUUGGGUUGUGGAUUGCGCUGGUGAAGUUUCAAUACUGGUCUACAACUGUCGUCCUUAUGAGCUAGUAGUGAGGGAGUUGUGCUUGCUCGCGGAUGGUUGUGUUUUUGAAUCGGUUCCUGUGCGCCUUAUCCUUCCAGCAGCGAACGAAGGCGCUCCUGCGAGGAUCAAGCUAAUUGGUGUUCCAAGGACUCCGGGUUUGUUGACGAUUACGGGUUAUUGCUGUGAAGUAUUCGGUGUGAAAAAUGUUUGCAAACUUUUUGGACAAAGGCCUUUGAAGGUAGAAGUUCUUCCGUCCUUAGCUGUCCUUCAACUCGAGUCCUCCUUACCUCGUGCUCCCAUAGAAGAAGAUCUGAAUGACAGAAGCACGGAAAUUACUGUAUACUCUGGACAGCUUUUCGCCCGAUUACCCGAUGUGAUGACUUCAUUCAAGGUUUCGGGAGGUCCUUCAAUGAUCGAGUUGUCGAGUCAAACUGAUGACGAGUCGUUCUCAUUGGCGCCCCUAGAGGAAAAGGAAAUCAAAUUUCGAAUAUUUGGAAUCGAUCCUACCGCUACAGCCGAUGACGAAGGCUCUGAAGAGAGGAUAGUUGAAACUGUGCUUCCGCUAGCGUCCACCAUGGUUGAAUUGCCUCCUGACAGUGAAGCGCAUGAUUUAAUACCCUAUACCGGUCGCCUGCCUCACCUGGUUGAAAAACUGCGAGCUACGCUAGAACUGCACGUUGCUAAGCAUUUGGAUAUUCGAUGGGCUAUUCCAGCAAUGAACUUGGAAGGACUAGUACCUGUUGGAGCACUUUUGUCAUCGGUAUCCUUGCUGAAGCAACUGGUUUUGCCGGCUAUAUCGUUAGAUAUCUCCGUCAAUGGUGUUCCUUAUUUGAGUGAAGAUGACAUUUCUAUACCGCAUGUGUCGAUUUCCUCACCACGAUGCGAGCUGUCAUUCCACGUGAUGUUCCGAGUUGAAGGAGUGCAUAAAAUUCGCCCGCAAAUCGUAAGCAGACGAGCCAAUGAAUCCCUGUUCUCGGACGAGAUAUUCGUUUCACCUGUCGGUUUUAGUGUGUCUACUAAGGCGCAUCAAUAA